AUGGCGGGGACAAGCUCAUCGAAGACGCCUGGAGAUUCUAGCCCUUUUGUGACAGUGGACACUAUUGAUGGCACACGUCUACAGAUUAAACGUUAUUGUCUCGGUCAGAAAAUUGUGAAUUGGGUACUUUAUAUUAAAAGUCGUCUUUUGUAUCUUGGCGUUGAGGAUCCAGUGAAGGAGGUGAUCAAUGCCCUCUCUGAAGACGCUCUUAAGGUUGCACUAGAAGGUGGGUUAGACAUCAACGCUGACUUGGACUCCAUCUUCGAUAAAUUGAUUGAGAUAUUUCGCUUCGAGGGUCGAACUCUUACAAUUUGGAGCCUCUUCUCCAAGCGUCUUGACGCCAGUGUCUCCGGCAAAGAUCUGGUCGCGGAUAUUAAAAGCAUGACAGCAAAAAUUUUUAACCGUCGCGAUAAGGAAAAUCUCAUUCAGGAAACGGCUUUAGACGCGUUUUUAAAUGCAUUAGAACCCAGGUUAGCCAGAAUUAUGUUGCAAGCACGUCCCCACAACAUUGAUCGAGCCUUAGAGUUGCUGCCAAGAGCAAAAAGACUUCUAGCGAGCCAAACGAAAUCCCAUGCACCAUCUCCACCUAAGCUCUAUCUCUCCUCCAAAGUGUACGAAUACACGCGUAAGGAUGCAAGCUCUCAACAUGUCCUAUUGCUGUGCAAGGCGACCGCCCUUCUCUGA